AUGGCGCCUACUGCCGUUAGACACCAACGGGUACUGGCUUGUGUGCAGUGUCAGCAGCGCAAGGUCAAAUGCCAGCGCUCCUUUCCAUGCGCCAACUGUGUACGCGCCAGCGUCCCCUGCGAGCAAGCAACCCGCCAGCGACGCCGCAGGUUUCCCGAGAGGGAGCUGUUGGCGCGCCUAAGACACUACGAGACACUUCUUCGGCAGCACAAAAUCGAGUUUGAUCCUCUCCAUCCGUUAGAUACAGACGACCGGACCACAAGUGAAGACAGUCGAGUUGAGCCAGAAGUAGAUAAAUCGGAUAAAAUAGCCGGGCGAGCUGAAAGACCUAAACCAGUGUAUGGGAUUGAGCCCUUUUCUCGGUCAUUUGCAACUGUAUAUAUGGCUAAUUAUGAUGAGGACAGUUAUGAUGAAGGCGGAGAUGAAGGAAAUAUCACUGGUUUCCUGCAUGAGAAUGACGACGUGCGACACGCAGUUAUCAAGAAGGCGUGGCACCAUACCUUUCAGGGCGGGAGCAGUGAGCAUCUUCUCUUAUUUGGUUCUUCUGGAGGGAUUGUCGACCUCUCUCCCUCGCACCCAAGUCAGAUGCAAAUUUUUAAGCUCUGGCAAGUUUAUCUGGACAAUGUCAACCCCCUUCUCAAAGUCACACAUACACCGACCUUGCAAGCUCGUAUUAUCGAUGCUGCUAGCGAUUUAACUAACAUCAAGCCCACGUUGGAAGCACUGAUGUUUAGUAUCUACUCUAUCUCCAUUCACAGUCUUACUGAAGAUCAAUGCAGUGGCUUCUUCGGGUCCCCAAAGAAGGGUAUUCUAACAGGUUAUCAAAUAUCAUGCCAACAAGCGCUGGGGAACUGCGAUGUAUUACAAACCUGUGACUAUGAAUGCUUGACGGCAUUAUACCUCUAUCUAGUAAGCAAAUGGCCCCCUUUAGAAGCUGAGAGACGCCGAAGACUAUGGUGGUCACUUGUGAUCUUCGAUAAUCGCAUAUGCGAAAUGUCUGAUUACGGAACCACUUCUUUAAAUCCUUCAUGGGACUGCAGAAUUCCUCUCAAUGUGAAUGAUUCAGAGCUUCAGCCAGAGAUGAAGGCCUCACCGGCAAUAGCAGACUACAACCCAUCAGAGAUGAUUUUUGUAGUUCUACGCUGCCGGCUGGCUAACUUCAUCCGCUAUAGUGCCUUCCAUAUCGACUUCACUAAUCCGUGCUUCAACAAAAUAAUGACAGCUAGGUCUAGCCAUGUAGAGGAGGCACGAAAAUUAGCAGACCUAGAAAGGCUGAUAGAAGAGAAAUAUCUCGCAUCCUGCAAUUCAGAGAACCCCUUUCACUAUAUGACAAUCUGGACAAUACGUGGCUACUUCGCGAAGUAUCGUCUCCUGCAACACUAUACCCUGAACACCGAGAAGCAACCAGACCCUCAGCAUACCAUUGGUGUCUCCUAUGCUCUACGUAUGCUAGAGUGUGAUACAAAUCUUAUGGCCUCGCCACAUAUUAAAGGUUACCUCUGGCUUGUUCACUUUCACUUCCCUCUCCUUGCUUAUAUUCACCUCCUUCAAGAUUUGAAAAGACGGCCUGUCGAAAACCACGAUACGGCCUGGAAGGCCAUGACCCAUAACUAUAUGUUACGCAUAGCGGGUUCAAACCAAGAAAAACACAGGGACUUUUUUCUUGUUUUUUCUAGGAUAGUUCUUCAAGCCUGGGAGGCAUGCGAGAAUAGUGCUCGAGAAAAGGGUAAGAUACUAAUAACUCCAGAUAUUGUGCUGGAUAUCAAGCAAAAGAUUAUACAAAUAACAACAAAUUUCUUGGGAAAUACUGGCACGGCACAGAGUAACGAGUCAAACACUUUUGAUGAUGAUAACAAUGAGAGGCUGGGGUUUAAUUUGGAUUCAUUGGAGUACUCUGAUUUAUUCCAAUUAAAUACUAUAGAGGAGCUUUUAAACACUAACUAG